UAUGACGAUAAGAUCGCGUUUGACCUUUUGUUUGUUAUUAACAAAUCAUAGUGUUUUGUACACCGGGAAGUCUUUAUCACCGCAGGUCCAGCGAGUUGGCGCGAUCCAUGUGGAUAUAACAGACAUUAAUAGACAUUGGAAUAAAAGAUGUUAUUCACACGUGGAUCCUCAUAUGAAAACCGUAGACGGCGUACAUUACGAAGCACAUAGAGAGGGAGACUACAUGUUGUUCCUGAAUGAAAAAUAUCAAACGGAGAUACAGACAUCGGCAAGAUAUUGCAGACCUGGUUACACACGUGGUCCUGUUUGUGCUUGUGGAAUAGCAAUCGCUGUCGGCGCUGAUGUUUUGAUAAUUAACAUAUGCCAUGGCAAGCCUUUCAGGUUCGAUCUUUCAUGUGUUGACGGUGGCAAUAUUGACGUUGAAUAUAUUCACGAUUACAGAUAUUUGGCAAGAACUCCAAUGAACACAAUAAUUGACAUAUCCCUACAUAUGUGGAGUGAUACUAUGAACAUUGAUGUAUACAUGUCUCCCAAAGAUUUUGGAAAUGUUGCCGGACUUUGUGGAAACUUUGACGGGGAUAGAUCUAAUGAUCUUGAACAUAGAGAUGGAACUAUUUCUUAUGAUGACAACAGGAGUUACAAUUUUGCUGAUAGUUGGAGAUUAACGGACGACGAAAAUCUAUUUAAGAACCCAGAUCGUAAACUUGAUCAUUGGAAUGGGAAUAAUGCUGACAAGACAUGUACAAGACCUAAUUCAAUAACAAGAAAGAAAUGCAAGCUUAGGAAUAGCCAAUGGCAAAAACGUUCCAUUUCUGAAUCCACUGAGUCGAAGAUGAAUACUCAAUAUCGUUAUUUUCUAUCGCGAAAAAGGAGAAACACCAUCAGUAUUACUGAGGACAAGGCAUUUCAAUUGUGUAACCGUUCAAUAUAUACAACACCAGCAGUCCAAGAAUUCCCAGAUCAUCUCGCUGAGGAAGAUCCGGAUAUUGUCGUAGAACAGUGUGUUUAUGACUUAACGCAAGGAAAUGACACAGAUUGGAUUGAUGCUCACGUGUCUGUUUUGAACAAUGCUGUAGAUACAAUUCUCAGAAUGAGUCCAAAUUUUGUUGCUAACAACACAGAACAAGUAAACUCGUUUCGCAUUGAAACUUGUCUAAAUAAAUGUAGUGGAAAUGGAGUCUGCGCCAUCACUGGACUUUGUGAAUGCAGUGGAACUUUCAAAGGGCCUGACUGCAGUAUUGAUAUAAGAAUUCCACCGGUUGUCUUUGAAAUAGAAAGAGACGGGGUUUGUACCAUCACGAGUGAGGACGACUGCACAUGUUUCCAAAUACGGGCAGACAACAUAUUCGAUGGUUUUAUGUGCAACAUCACCCAGUUCAAGGUAUACUCCAAUGGUUCACGUAUGGAAGGAAAUUCAUCAACAGAUCUUGGUUAUUAUGAUGAUAUCUUUACUGGCGAAUGCUGUGUGCAUGUGAUAGUAAAUAACAGCUCCUCUGUUUCAUACGACAAAAUUGACGAACUGUUUGUCAUCAUGUACGAAAUUUCUAUUAGCAAUGAUGGUGCAAAUGACGGGGAUGUUAACCCCGUCUAUAUCUAUGAUACUAAAUGUAUUGAACGGAUUGAGAUCAAUGAUGCAGUUACCUUCAAACUAAAGGAUAGUUUUUGCUUCAUUGAUGCUGUGUGCAUUGCUCAGAACUUCGACAAUGGUUCAUGCUUUAUAUGUGACCCUGCAAACGAUGCGUACGGUUGGACAAAGGAUGAUUGUAAAAACUCUGGUACAGAAAUAGGAACAGGGAUUAUUGUGGGAAUCGUUAUUGGAUCGACAAUUGUGGUCGUACUCAUAUCAGUAGUGAUAUACAUUUUUGCAUGUAAAUUAUCAAAGAAGCACAGUUCAUCUAUUGGCGUUGGUUAUAGAGCAUAAUUUGCAAUUAGCUUUGCCGCAACAGAAGGAAAGUGCGACAAAUCAAAUCCAGACCAAAUAUUGAACAGAAUAUAAGGAAUGGAACAUCACAUAACAUGAACCAAAUCACUGAUAUGUUAGGUGAAGAUAAAUGUGCCUCAGCUAAGGAAACCGAUGCAUUCUACACAACGAUCGACAAGUAUGAAACCGAAGACAUAGAACGUAUAUUUGCAACACGAAGCGAAAGUAAACUAAAAAGAGACAUUUAUCAAAUAUUGAACUUGACUAAAAGUUAUUCCGCAUGAUUCAAGAAAAAUGUUGACUUUUUGUAUAUAUUAAUUAAUGUUGAUAAUGUUUGGAUUGUCAAUGUUGCGAUUGCAAGUUUAUGCAGGAAUCGAUUGUUUUAUUCACUAAAUUUCUAAUUUGCUAAUGGACUUUUUCACUACAUAUCUAUUUAAUCGGAUGAGAGAUGUCGUUUGUUUUUAAUGCAAUAAAAUCAGUAUAUUCCCUAAUUUUAUGUUAUAUAUGCU